GCACCACGUGACUUUGAGUGAUCGCUUCACGGCGGUGACAGCGGGGGCGGUGACGCUUGAACUUCAUUGGACGACCCGGCUUUUUGCAUCGCAAUAAUACAGCAUCUCCAUAACGGGACAGGACAGAACAAUGGCGUUCCUCGCCGGUCUUUUAGUGCUUCUUUUAUUCAUCAGAUCCCUUUUGACCAGAAGCCAAGAAAUCAAAUAUAUAGCUGUUUCUUCAAACCUAACAUUGAAUUUUGGGGACUGUAAACCCAAUAUGUUAUAUAGUAUUUAUCACGGGGAUGUACCAAUUUACAGUUUUUGUGAAUAUACGCAACAAAUACCGGAUACGUUUGAGGGACGGAUAAAGGUGAAUGAAUCCUUGGGAUGUGUCACUCUGGUCAAUGUAACGAAGAGCGAUGACGGAUAUUAUAAGCUGGAACGCACUAGUGCCAAUGGGAAAAAAGAAUUACUGCUUGAGGCUGAAGUAAGGAUUCUGGAUGAAGCCUGGAUCAAUGAACUUUACCGUAACAACACAGAAGAGACUAUAUCGCUCACAGUGGGCUGUGCUGGGGAAGCGUAUUCAAUCAACUGGACCAUGGAUGGAGGAGGCCUCUCGGACAGGCAUUUGCUGAGUGAUGACAACAGGACACUUACUAUUCCAUACAAUGUCACUGGCAUGAUCACAGUCCACGUCUCCAAUCUAGCCAGUGCAGAUAAUAAAUAUAUUGCUUUAAUCAAAGAUCUCAAUGAAAUAACUAAUAAUUCGGGUCCCAUAAUGUACUGGAACAUUAAUCGAGUGAUAUGGAGAGAAGGUGGAGGCCAGGCCGAUAAUCAUAUUCUAAUUCUCUCAAGAAACGUCACUAACAUUUCUGUAAUCACCCUUUCAGAAUCAACAGGUGACGACCAGUUUGACAGUGGAUGGUGGGGCUUACUGAUCAUUGUGAUUUCUGUUAUACUUUUGGUGGUAGCAGUGCUGGUGUGCAAGAAAAAGAGAAAUGCAAAUGUGUUGUAGUCCUAAAGAACAAGACAGAGAAGACUAUUGUAGCAUAUUCAACCCUUACCGCACGUUAAAGCACAUAGAUGUACGGCAACUGCAUCCAAACAGACAAAAGAAGAGAGCUUAGAAGCUGCGCUCGCUUCAAAGAUGGUGGGUGCCGGCACUCACUGUCAGUGAUCGACCUCAAUGAUCAGACUGAUUAGUUAUUUAAUCCCUUACAUUCUAUAAUCAAUAGUGAUCGCAGUGUUUAACCCCGUCACGACACGUGGUGCAUUUAUACAUGUGUGUGAUUAGGGGCUACAUUGCGAGCUCAGAAGCUCACGUCAUAGACGGCCGGUACUGGCUGCGAUCAUGCUGGUGUCGAUCAUGUAACCUUUUAAAUGUUGCAAUCAAUAAUAGUUGCCGCAUUUAAAUGGCAAUAUGACUGAUACUGCAGGUGUUGGGGGUCUGUUUGACACCCCCACAGCGCGAUUGCUCAUGCCGCUCAGUUAAUUCGGCAGGCGGAGGCCUUUUGUUUAGGCAAUAUUGCCUCUGUUAUGUGUGCAUCAGGCAGACUGUAUUAACGGAGCGUCAAUUGAUCAAUGCUAUGCAAGAGUCCAAUGAAUGCUUAUAAUAGUUCCCUAUAGGGACUUAAAAAGUGUUAAAAAAAAAAAGUGUUUAUAAAAACUUGAAAUAAAAUCCCUUAAUAAAAAAUCAGAUCUCCCAUUUUUCCAAAUAAAAAAUGUAAAUAAACUAAAAAAAAAUAAAA